AUAUAUGUUUUCCAGGACUCUGCAUUCUCUCUAUCUGGUCUCCCCGGACCCUGCAUUCACUAUAUCUGGUCUCCCCGGACCCUGCAUUCACUAUAUCUGGUCUCCCCAGGACCCUGCAUUCACUACAUCCGGUCUCCCAGGACCCUGCAUUCACUAUAUCUGGUCUCCCCGGACCCUGCAUUCACUAUAUCUGGUCUCCCCGAGCCAUGCAUUCACUAUAUCUGGUCUCCCCGGACCCUGCAUUCACUAUAUCUGGUCUCCCCGAGCCAUGCAUUCACUAUAUCUGGUCUGUCUCCCCGGACCCUGCACUCACUAUAUCUGGUCUCCUCGGACCCUGCAUUCACUAUAUCUGGUCUCCCAGGACCCUGCAUUCACUAUAUCUGGUCUCCCCAGGCCCUGCAUUCACUAUAUCUGGUCUCCCCAGGCCCUGCAUUCACUAUAUCUGGUCUCCCCGGACCCUGCAUUCACUAUAUCUGGUCUC